CUUAUGUAUGUGAGCUCAUGUAUGUAGAAGAGGGCAGAUUCCUCCGAUUGUGUUACACUGCUCUGUAAUGCAGCAGUUCAAAUAUAAUCAGUUGGCUGGCUUCAGGUGUCUCAGAGGAAACGUUAGCCUUCCUCUACCGGGUUGGUAGUGUCACAUGAAAGGGGAGAGCUGGGCAGAUGACUGAAUUGGAGAGAAAAAUGGGGGAAAAUGAAAAAAAAAAGUGUAGGAAAAAACAGUUCUAAAGCUCUUGUUGUAUAUAAGCUAUAUGCUUAUACAGAUGUCAGGCUAUGUAUAUAUUUUCAUGUGCAUAAAGCCGACAUGAUCAUGAAUGGGAGGAGACUUAUACAGCUUGAUGAUAGUGUGCUUCAUUUCAUGGACUCUUCAGCACACAGAAAGGACGAUGUCAAACACCUGAUAUGUGUGUGAACUGCUGUGACACCUGCAGGGUUUGUGGAUUGGCAGAAACAAUGAACGCCUCACAGCAGAUUCACUUCUCCACAAACAGGAGAGUUGAGUCAGCGAUCAUCGCUUCAGUAUUUGCUCUUAUCUUUGUGCUCGGCACGGUGGGAAAUUGCCUGGUCCUUGCUGUCCUGCUUCGCAAUGGCCAGAUGAACGCCAAGACGACUAACAUGUUCAUCCUGAACCUUGGUCUCGCUGAUCUCUGCUUCAUCCUGUUUUGCGUUCCGGUCCAGGCCACCAUCUACGCCAUGGAUGAGUGGGUGUUUGGAGCAUUCGUGUGUAAAGUGGUGCACUUUAUUAUCUAUCUGACCAUGUACGCCAGCGUCUUCACACUUACUGCUGUCUCUCUGGACAGAUAUUUAGCCAUUUGCUACCCCCUUCACGCCAGAGAACUGCGAACACCACAUAACACUCUUUCCUCCAUUGGAGUGGUGUGGACUCUCUCGCUGGUGUUCUCCAGUCCCUACUUUAGCUACUACCAGCAGAUGGAUCUAAAUGGCACCACCGUGUGCGUCCCUGCCUGGGACAUCCAGGACCGCAGAGCCAUGGACAUUUGUACUUUUAUUUUUGGCUACCUAAUUCCCGUCUUGGUCCUAGGUCUCACAUACGCCCGGACUAUCCGCUACUUAUGGACCAGCAUAGACCCCAUGCAGGAAGCAUGCAAGCGUCGCCUCGCCAAGCGAAGGGUGACCAAGAUGAUUGUGAUUGUGGCAGUUCUGUUUUGCCUCUGCUGGCUGCCACACCACCUCAUCAUCAUGUGCAUGUGGUUCGGCCAUUUUCCUCUCAACCACGCCACCUAUGUGCUACGCAUUCUUUCGCAUCUAGUGGCUUACACCAACUCCUGCCUCAACCCCAUCGUGUAUGCACUAGUGUCCAAGCACUUCCGCAAAGGUUUCCGAAAGGUGUUUGGGUGCGUGGCACAGAAACGGUUGGCCAAUCAGGUGAACAUGGCUCCACAGGCACAGACGGUGAGCCUGGUUGAGGUUGGAUCAAGUGACGGGUCCAAUCACAGUGACGGAUUGGCUAGGGUUCGAUUCUUGAACAAGAGUGAUAAGUAGACAACGAUGAGUGCCUUCGUGACCUUCAACAUUACAUAAUCUUGGCUUACCUAACCUAAAUUGAUUUACCUGGCACAAAUUCUCGUGGUUUAGUUGUGAAGUACUGCCUCACGUGUAAAUUCCUCUGUGUAUAUGCAUCUCCCUGGAUCUGUGCGUUCAUAAGAGAUAAAUAGAAUUUUCUCUAAGAGCAUGAAUGUUUGCUUUCCUUGUUCCCCCUUUUUUUAAAAUUGCAAUUUCUUUCCUACUUUUGGGCUUCAACUGGCUUUUUCAGUCGGAUUAAACAGCUUCCUUAAAUUAAGAGAACUCAUUGUAGACUGAAGUUUACAAAAGCCUGUUGUCAGGUGGUAACAGUUAUUGUGGUAAUAAUCUGACCGUGGAAUUGGGAUAAAAAGACAUUUAUGUUUACACUUACAGCGAUCAGCUAUAACAUUAAAACCACCUGCCUAAUACUGUAAAUCAGAAUAGAGUAAACCUCGUCACGAUGUUCGCUGAUAAUUGACACAUUAUGAGCAUCCACCAUAUGAGUCCCAGUUAAUUAGUUCUUACUGCUGACACUUAAAAUGAGCACUACUGUCAGAGCUGCUGUUAUAGAAAAUUAAUCAAUCUUGUGACCAGUUAGAAUUGAGAAUUUAACAGCGCUUUGGUGUAAGCCAGGUUAUUGGGUAGGCUGGUCUAGUAAUGGAUACUCUGGCAACUUAAAUGUUCUCAUUCUGGAUGUUUGUCCCUGUGUGUUGUUAUCCCCUCUCUCUCUUCACCAUGUGGAGCUUGUUUUACAGUGACCUGGGAGUGAAUAAUGUAAACGUGACAGUGUUCUGUCAGCGGAAAAAAACA